AAGAAAGCCAAUGUCACGCUUGGGUCGUGACAAAUGAAAGACCAAAGGAUACUUCAACACCUUUGGGUUCAGCUACUAAUGACUGGACUGAAGAUGACCUUUGGAAUAACUCAAACUUCUUGGCAUCUAACCUGACUGGACAUGUUGAGGCAACCAUCAAGACUAAGGAUGCGAUAGCAGCAGAUAAAUUAGACACUCAUUCUUCAAGUAUUGAUUGGUUUCCAGAUGAUCAAUGGAAAACCAACAGCAUGACUAGGCUCGACAACAAGACAAGCAAAGAAAAUGAUGAUUUGUUUGAUGUGUGGAAUGAUUUUGCAAGUUCUACUAGGACACAAGGUUCUUCUACAAAUUUGUUGACACAAAGCACUUAUCAGAAUGCUGCUGUUGAUGAACAAACAUCAAAUACAAUUCUUCCCGGCUCAACCAACAACUUUCAGGAAAUGGAUUUUGGUAGUUUUUCACAAUCAGAUCACUUUUCUGGAUUAUCUAGCAAUCAGCAUGAUUCUGUAGAAGUGAACAGGAUGCAAUCAGAAGUCCCUGUCUCAUGGAGGAUAAUAAUGUCAUUCUCCUCCAACCUCCGUGGUAGGCUAUGUACCAAUGCAACACCAGCUUCUACAUAUCUCAAGACAAAGAAAGCAGUGAAUCAUGCGUUCCUGGAGAGUUGUUGUAGAAGGCCAACCCUACUUCUUCUUGCCACAAAAUCUGGGAAACUAUAUGUGAAGGUGGCAGACUGCAUGCAUGUGUACAUGCUCUCUCUCUCUCUCUCUCUCUCAAUUAAUUACUUCAUGUUCUACCUUAAUUACGUACGUACAGAAGAAGUGGUGCAUCGCCAAACUGCAAUAUAAGAGAUCGAUAUACUCUCUUACAUGCUUAAUUGCUUUGGUACAACUUGUUACAGAAGAAGCAUGUAAUAAUUUUAACAGUACACAGACAGCAUACCAUAGCAGCAUAGCACCGAUGGAUGAGUUUCAGGCUGAUGUAUCUGAAGAAGAAGAAGAAGGGCGAAUUGUCAUACUUCCCUGACCUGAAUAAAGAGGGUAGAUGUAUACCUUCAUCCAAACACAGUCAAAUUCAAACCAAUUAAACCAGGUUUUGAAAUCUCAUAGUUUAUGCUUUAUCUUCAGGUUAACUAUUAAUUAAUUGUUUACUUAUUCUCGAAUGAAUAUAUGUGGUGGUGCUCCUCUAGAUCUUAUACUUGAAGCACAUGCAACAGAUCCAAUGUAACAAGCAGAAUGGAAAGCAAAUUAUGCCCAAGAAAUAACAUUCUCGUUCCUUCAUGAGAAGGCAUACUCUCUUUGGAAAAUACAGAAAUAAAGGGGCUAUUAGAAGAUCACAAAUUAAGCAGAAAUUAAUAAUAAGAGAUAAUUAUCUAUGUCAGCGUGCAUAUAGCUAGCCUGCUUGCUUUGCCAUCUCCCACAAAUUAGGCUUUAGUACUAGACUAGACUUGCUCCCUUAUUAUCAUUUUCAAAACUACGUGCCUGCAGUGAUCUGUCUAUCUAGCGAUACCUGCUGGCAUCAACACAUUGAUUUAGGAGUACACUUGUUAUAUUUUUGUACUGAUUAUAAGUAUUCUCGUCCAUUAGAUAUAUGACUGCUCUCUAUCACCUUUGAUUAGUCAGUCAUCAUUAUAUACUGUAACCAAGCAUAUAUGUAUGUAUAUUAUUAUCAGACUUAGUGUUUGAAUUAAUUAGUUUUGCCAACAAUAUUAUUAUUAUUAUUAUUAUUAUUCCAUGCACGAGACACUCACGGUUUUAAGUGUCAAAAUCAAGUAGAUAAUGAAUAUAAUAAGUAUAUAUUAUUAUAGUUGUGAUGACUCCCUCUGUAGAGCAAGAACGCGAACAAUUCGAUCCGGAACUUGGCUUGACAGCUUAACGAUGUUGGUAAGCCGCUACUACUUUCUACAUGCAAAAUUAUUAAUGUUAGACUAAUCAAUUAUUAUUUAUUAAUUAACAUCUAUCACAAGUUAUUUAAUGGGCUAAGUACAUGAAUACUAUACUUCCAAGAGUAUAAUAAUCACAGUUCCUCUUGUAUCCCACAGCCGCACGGCUAAAUCGGGGAAGCUUUCUAUUUUCUAUUCAAUUAGCGAACAAGAUCAAUCAUAUUCGAGCAUGGUUUGGCAAAAAAUUAUAUGAAUUGUAUCUCUUGUAGCACUAGUUUAUACAAUUACUUAACUUUCAACUUUGGUAUUAAUUAAGAAUUAAUGAAGAUUUAGACAAAACUCUUGAACAAUGGCAACCGUUCGCUGGUUUUAUGUCUGUAUGUUUUUGUUUGGUUCUUGGGAAAGAAAGUGUGGGGAAAGGGACGAAAAUGCAAGAAAGAGACGUCUUAUUCUUUCUCUUUCCUGUAUAAUGUUCAUUGUGUAUGUAUGGAUGUAUAUAUUGUAUAUAUGCAUCGCUGGCCAUACGACGAGUUUUUAUCUCUUCGAUCGGUUUUUGAUUAUAACAGAGAAACAUAUUAUUUUUAGUUGGAAGAGAGCUUCUUCUUGGAAUUGAGGCACUCGAAGGACGUGUAUUAAUUGCUUGACGACCAAAUGCACGCUUGGAUUUGCCAUCGAUAUCGACCGAUCCCGCUAGGUUAGGCCAAUGGAACUAAUCA